AAAGGAGGCGAACAAGACUGAAAGUCUCACUCAGCACAUCUGCCUGUGGUCUGUCGGCUACAGAGCUCAGUUAGACUGGUGACACAUCUAAACGAAGCGGGACAUUUUCCUCUUCAUGGGACGAAUUAUUUCCCGUGGACGGAAUCUGUCGCAUCAGAGGAAUUAAACUUUACCGAUGAGAGGAAAAGAAAUGCUUUGCUUACGUGACUCAGGCGACUGCUUACGGGAGCACAUGCAGUAUAUGAUGAGGUCUUUGCAAGACCUGAAACAACUGCGGAAGACCUGCCCUGCAGCCAGACGCCCCCUCGCUCCCAUCAGCACCCAGCUCCCAGAGUUGGCGCGCCACUCUGCCGUGGCACGUGCCUGUCAGCAGCGAGCAUUGCAGAGAGAACAGCGCACACGCCUGCGGAUAUCUGAUGCCAGCACGGCCAGUACCUACGACUCUGCCUGCUGCCUGGCGAGUCCGCUGGAGGAGGAGGAAGAAGAUGACGACUCAAGCAGCCGGCUGGGCCUGAGCCUCAGACUGGGCCUGGGCUCUCCCAGCAGUCAGAAGAGUCUGGAGUUUGAUUCAGGCUACUCUGAGGCGUCAUGGCAAGAUGAAGGGGUUGUUCUCAGGAGGACGAGGAAUGUGCGAGUGUCCUCCUCAGCCUGCCUCCGCACAAACAGAGCACCAAGUGGACGUAUUCGACCUAAGUCCACCUCUGAUGCCUGUCUAGAGAGGUGGACAUCGUUUGAGGUCAGCGACCCGGAGGACUGGACAAAUUCUUUACUGACCCGGGGACGCAACCGCCAGCCUCUGGUUCUGGGCGACAACAGCUUUGCAGACCUCAUACAGAAUUGGAUGGACUUGCCAGAUUGCCCUGAACCCACUGACCCCAAGCCAAGCUCGAGACGUAGACUGGGAAGAGGUUUAUUUGUCAACAUGAGAAGGAAACUAGCAGGAAUUUCUAAGAGUGUAGAGGACAGAGUGAGGAUGAGAUCCACAGACUCUGCUCACGCUAACAGAACUGCAAAUGCUCCAAAACGUUUGUCCUGUCCAGUUGUGUCCUCACAGCCCAAAGUCCCCUUUUUCCACCAGUCCCUCUCAGGUAUUAACGAGCUGGACACAGAUUUUUACCACUUUGCGGGCCUCAUGAAAUCAGGCAGCCGACAGCCCAUUAUCUGCAAAGACAUCAUCGGCUACAUUUGACGCCCAGUUUGCAUGUAAAGCCAUGUACAGACAGAUGGACAAUCCUCAGAGUCACUUUAUUUUUGACUGUUCUGACUUAUGACUGGUUUUUAUUUCACUUUUUAUAUGCUGUGAUUAAGCUAUUGAAAAUAAAAAUGUUCUCAUAAUUUAAACUCUACGUACUAUUAAUAUUGUUCAUGUCAUGCAUGUGAUACAAGGUAUAUUUUGGUUGAUGUUAUCUGGAAUUCCCUGAUAACAUUUGAACACAUUAUUUAUUUGAAUGAAGCCAUAGUCAGUAGAAUAGUCAUCUGAGUUUCAUUACAGCAUUCAUUACAGUAAGAGAGUGACUCCUCACUGCUGGAUUAGUUAAAGAACUAUUUCUGCAGUGAAACAGACGAAUGUGGGUUCAUUUGUUAUCAUUAGUAAUUUAAUACUCUGGGCAUACAGUACAUGAUGGAGUUUGAGGAUGCACGGUUUAGUGUAACUGCUGUUAAAUAAAAAAGAUGAAUUCAAA